UUUUAAGUUGAAUAUUUUAACCAAACAUGGAAGAUGUAACAUUAUUAGUUGGAGGUCAAAAUUUCAAAGUAAACAAGGACGUGCUUAGCGAGCACAGCGAUUAUUUUCGUGCAAUGUUCAGUGGUAAUUUUAUGGAAAAUGAACAACAAGAAAUUGCUAUAGAUGUUGUAGAUGCUCAUUCAAUGGGGAUAAUAAUUCAAUACAUGCAAAUUGGUAUCAUUGACCUUUUUGAGUACUCCCUGUCUACUAUAGGCGACUUGGCAAUGGCAGCAAAUUUUCUACAAAUAACAGAACUAAUAAAACAAAUUGAAUAUACUUUAGAACUUCAAAUGUCUAUUUCCAAUUGGAUGGAGAUCAUGGCUAUAGCAGACAAUGCUUCUUAUUCAAAAUUGCAACAGCUGUGUGCAGCAUUUGGACUUCUUUCCUUUAGAAAUAUGAAAUCUGAAUAUGUACCAUCAAUACAUAAAUUGUUCUGGUAUCUGGCACACCCUUAUUUAGAUGCUGGCAAUGAGUUGGAUGUCUUUAGAUUUGGUUUCCAAUGGAUUACGCACAAAGAAACCGGUGCAGAUGCUCUGUUAAUAAUUUUAGGAUGUUUAGACAUGAAACGUCUAACAAUCAGUGAGUUAGUUGAAAUAAAGAAACUUAUAAAAGACUAUGAGGUCAGUUUAGCAGCAAAAGUAAUAGACUGUAUCCUAGAAUUAUUUAUUGGGAAUGUUGCUUUAACAAUACCUGAUAUAAGUGAACAAAAGUCAGUAUUGAGUGAAAAGUUUACAGAGAGGGUUUAUAAUGAGGUGAUCAAUUUGGUGAGAGAGAGUAGAAUUCGUACCCUUUGCUAUGAGCCAGCAGUUCCUAUUUGGAAAGUGAAAGAUGAAAAACCUGAGUUGACUCAUCAUUUCUUAUACACAUUUACUGUAAAAUCUGGUUUUGUACAAUGGUUAGAGGUGGCUGAGAAGAGUUUGUGGGGGUGGAGUGUUAUUGCUUGGGGUCCAAUGAAACUAGUAGCUGUGUGUGGUGAGUAUGGUAGGGGCACGGGGAUUUUCAUGAAAGAUGUCAAAGUGUACGACACUUUGAAGAAGGAGUGGAUUCAUCAUGGAGCCGACUUGCCUCCCCGAAGACACGGGGGCCUCGCCAUUGUUGAUGAUUCCUUGUAUAUUAUUGGAGGUGUAGGUGGGUUUAGGGUAGUUUUACAUACAGCAAUAAUUUACGACUUAAAACAAAGAACCUUUAGGAAAAUUGCAAAUCUGCCUGAUGCAAUCCAGAAUCCAGCAGUUUGUGCUCAUGAAGGCAAGGUCUAUGCUGCUGGACACAACAACAUUUAUCAGUACGAAGACCUAGGAGACAGGGACCGUUGGAUUAGAAUCAUUGGCACAGAUAUACGGAUGAGUUGUAUGGUGUCAUACAAUGGAUAUAUCUACUGUACACAGAAUUACUUUAGUUACUUGUACAGGUUUAAACCAGGUGUAGAUAAGAAAUUGAAUUUAAUAGCUUCAUUUGGUAAUCCGCCUGCUGCUAUUUGUAAUUUGGGUGAUAGACUAUUGUUUUUCACUAGGACCAUGUGUGGCCACUCCGAUGCAUUAGCAGUUGAAGAGUUUACUGGGACUGUAGCAGACGAGAAACCAAAGGUGAUAUGGGCCGAAUCUGAUACAGAAUCGAAAAUUAAUGACGUAGCAGGGUCUUGCAGUCUAGUGAUGACAAUGCCACCGGUCACCCAAAGCAUCUCACAGUAUCAUCGAAGAUAUCUUAUGAAGUAUAGUGAUCAAUAAAAUAGUACAUAUUUAUUUUUAAGUAUAAACAAAACAGCAAUAUAUUUUUAAUACAACAAAAAGAUUUUAGUCAAAUUUUUACUAAUUUUAUUAUUGUAUACUUUGAUUUAAGGAUAAAAAUAAAACUUCGUAAAUUGUUAUUCAUUUACA